UCGGCGGAGUUUUGGGCGUUUGGGAGGGGGCGAGGGAGCUAGAGUCGGGAGAGGGAGGCGGCGGCGGCGGGGAGGAGGAGGAGGAGCAGGCGCCGCCAUGGCCGCCGCUAUCACCGACAUGGCCGACCUGGAGGAGCUCUCUCGCCUGAGCCCUCUGCCCCCCGGCAGUCCUGGCCCGGCGGCGCGGGGCCGGGCUGAGCCCCCCGAGGAGGAGGAGGAAGAAGAGGAGGAGGAAGAGGAGGCCGAGGCCGAGGCGGUGGCUGUGCUGCUGUUGAACGGCGGCGGCGGUGGGGGCGGCGGCGGUGGCGGCGGAGUGGGGGGCGGCGAGGCGGAGACGAUGUCGGAGCCGAGCCCCGAGAGCGCCAGCCAGGCCGGGGAGGACGAGGACGAAGAAGAGGACGAGGAGGAGGAGGACGAGAGCAGCAGCAGCGGCGGGGGCGAGGAGGAGAGUAGCGCUGAGAGCCUGGUGGGCAGCAGCGGCGGGAGCAGCAGCGACGAGACGCGCUCGCUCAGCCCCGGCGCCGCCAGCAGCAGCAGCGGGGAUGGGGACGGCAAGGAGGGCCUGGAGGAACCCAAGGGACCGCGGGGCAGCCAGGGCGGCGGCGGGGGCGGCAGCAGUAGCAGCAGCGUCGUCUCUAGUGGCGGCGAUGAGGGCUACGGGACCGGGGGUGGCGGAAGCAGCGCGACCUCCGGGGGCCGGCGAGGCAGCUUGGAGAUGUCGUCGGAUGGGGAACCCCUGAGCCGCAUGGACUCGGAGGACAGCAUAAGCAGUACUAUAAUGGAUGUAGACAGCACAAUUUCCAGUGGGCGUUCAACUCCAGCAAUGAUGAAUGGACAAGGAAGCACUACUUCUUCAAGCAAAAAUAUUGCCUAUAAUUGUUGUUGGGACCAGUGCCAGGCUUGCUUCAACUCUAGUCCAGAUCUGGCAGAUCACAUCCGUUCCAUACAUGUAGAUGGUCAGCGAGGAGGGGUAUUUGUUUGCUUAUGGAAAGGUUGUAAAGUAUAUAACACUCCAUCAACCAGUCAGAGUUGGUUACAGAGGCAUAUGCUGACACACAGUGGAGACAAACCUUUUAAGUGUGUUGUUGGUGGCUGCAAUGCCAGCUUUGCUUCUCAGGGAGGGCUAGCUCGCCAUGUACCCACACACUUCAGUCAGCAGAACUCCUCAAAAGUUUCUAGCCAGCCAAAGGCCAAAGAAGAAUCUCCUUCUAAAGCUGGAAUGAACAAAAGGAGAAAAUUAAAGAACAAAAGACGACGUUCAUUACCACGACCACAUGAUUUCUUCGAUGCACAAACACUGGAUGCGAUAAGACAUCGAGCCAUAUGCUUUAACCUCUCAGCUCAUAUAGAAAGUUUAGGGAAGGGACACAGUGUUGUUUUUCAUAGUACUGUAAUAGCUAAGAGAAAAGAGGAUUCUGGAAAGAUAAAACUUUUGCUUCAUUGGAUGCCUGAAGACAUUCUGCCUGACGUGUGGGUGAAUGAAAGUGAACGACAUCAAUUAAAAACUAAAGUAGUUCAUUUAUCAAAGCUACCCAAAGAUACUGCCUUGCUUUUGGAUCCAAACAUAUACAGAACAAUGCCGCAGAAGAGGUUGAAGAGAACUCUGAUAAGAAAAGUGUUCAAUUUGUAUUUAAGCAAACAGUGAACGACAUUUGCAAUCAACUAAAAAUUCGUCUAUCGAAUUAGGGCUGAAAAUUUCUGUUAAAGAGUGUUGCAGUAUGUCUGGUGGCUCCCUUUUCAGGACUAGGGUUUUCUCAUGGAGUACAGUAUGUUAAUAUUUACCUAUAUAACUAAUCUGUUAACGGUUUUUGAAAAACCUCUAUUUCAAAUUAUUUGAAUAAUCCUCAUAUUUUCAUUUUAACCUAUAUAAGCCUCUAAUUUUUUUUCUGAGGAAAGCAUUUGGUUUAUGAGCUGUUUUAUCUUAACAUAAGAAAAAUUGUAUUUUUUUUUUUUUUUAAGUAUUUUCAAACUGAAUCCUUUAUGCACCAAAGUUGGUUUUGAAAAGGAAAAUAAAAUCACUUUCUUGCUUGGUAAGCAAGAAGCCAUAUGGAUUUUUUUUAACUUACAGAAAUGGAAAUAUGUGUAACUUGUUAGUAUUGUAUCAAACAAAUGUUGCAUAGAGAUAAUAGAACAUUGCUUGUAAAUAAUUCAGCAGAUUUGUAAUAUAUUUUUAUAUUAUGAAAUGUACUGUAGAUGUUUUUCUAGAGGCAUGAAAGUUAAAUGUAUAUAUUAUGGGUAGAAAUAAUAUUGAAGGAUAUUGUAAUUCACUAGUGCUGCCAGAGGAAUUGUUAAUAAAGCACCUUCUUUAACAAUAAAUGUCUUUGCAGACUUAAGGGACUAUGUACUACUGUUAAUAUCUAUAAGAACAAAACACAUUGAACAUCCUUCCAGAAAGUCUUUGAGGGAGGACCUAUACCCAUAAUAGAAUUAUGGCACUCAUUUCUGACAGUGACCGUGAAAUCAAUUAUUUCCUUACUGUUGGAAGGACAUAUUGUAAAGUAUAUGUGGUUAUAUGCAGUCAAACUGCAGAAAAAUACUCCUGAUUGAGGAGUUUUCACUUUACUACAGUGAUAUAAAAACCAGCAGUUUUUACACUAAAUUUUUUAAAGAAAAGAAUAGACAAAAAUAUAGAAUUAAGCCUUUGGUUCCAAAAUGGGAAAGGUUCCAUGAUACAUAAAUCAUUUCUCAUUUACUUUAAAAAAAAUUUUAAAAUAAUAAAAAUUAUGGGAGACUUUAUUCGUUAACAGUGGGGUAAAGAGCUAUCUAUAUACAUGAAAUGAGUCAUAUAAAAUUAAAUGAAGUGCAAAUAAAAGCACUGCUACUAUAAGACAUUCUGGAAUGGUUGUUUAAUAAGGGUAUUAUCCAUUUGAUCUGUAGCAAAUGUGAUUUAUUUUUUAAAAAGAAAAGGAAAGCAGUGUGUUUUACUUUUUUUGUUUUCUUUUGCUUAAGCACUUCAUCAAUUGCUUUAUUCUGUAUCUACGAAGUAAUCUGCGAUCUCCUUUGUUCUUUUAAAAUUUUGAUUUGUUAUAAAAUUGCCAAAUAGAAGUGUUUCAGAUAUAUAGUUUGUACCUGUAUUUUUUAUUUUAUUGCCUCAUGUUCUUGUAAGUCAUUCUUAAUUGACCGAUGAUUGUAGACCUUGCCUGAGUAUUUUUUCUAAUAAAACAAAGCAAAUCACAUUUA